AUGCGUCUUUCGGAUAAACAACAGCAAAAGGGACAACCGUUCGGAGCGGCGAUGGAGGCGGGAUGCAGUGUGGCAACAAAAGAAAAUAGAGAAGGUGGGAGGGUGUUGCGCCUUAAUUGGAGAAAGGAAAUAGAGGCCACAAGGAUAAAAAAUGUUGGUUCUGGCGGACCCGCAUCACCUUCCCAGCCGGUUGUUGGAGUCGUUUCCCUAGUUUGUUUUCCUCCCUAUGCUUCUUUUGAUUUUCCUAUAAGAGUGCAAGCGGGAAACGGUACUACCCUUUUUAACAAAAAACAAAGUUUGCGUGUGGUGCAAUCAACGGACGAAGAGACUGUAUCCGAUGAUGCAAGCCUUCGUCCUCGCAAGAUGCGAAAGAUGGUGUCUAUGCCCAAGCUUCUUGGUGGUAUUAGGGAUAUUAUUAGUGAUAAAUUUGUUGUGCCUGGGCAGAAACAGAUAGCGGUGGUGCCUAGUUCUUUAAAGGAAUCACCUUCACCGUUUACUAGCAUCUUCUCAUUUAAUCUUGGUUCCAACUCUGUGCUUGGGGGUGCACUGGGAGCAUCGGGAUAUUCUUCCCCAUCGGAAAAGCCUUCCAUGGUUGAUGAAAUGAGAACUGUGUCUCACACCAUGGUUUUCAGGCUUAUGCUCCAAGUUGGGUUAUUACUAAGGAUUCCUUACCGUUGGGAGACAUCACUGCUAAAGAGUGGAGUAGCUGUGCUCAUCCCCCGACAAAAAUGA